AUGGUAAUUAUUCCCAAAAACUAUACAAAUUGUGAUGGAGAGUCUUUUUCUAAUGACUCUGAGUUAGUUUUUAUGGUAGAUUCAUCGGGCAAUAAUUAUAAUUUGCCAGAUUUGAUGAAAUUUUUGUUGAAAGCACAAAUUCCAUAUACAAAGCCUAAUGGGAUAUCAAAUACUUUUGGAGGAUUUUUUCCAUCAGCUAUAAUAUGUGAUAUAGCAUUAAGCAGCACGGAAAUCCCUCCCAAAGCUGAUUAUGGCUGAUAUUCAAUACAGUAA